AUGCCCAUAAGCGCCGGAACCGACGACUUUCAUGGUGACCCCGAUGGUCUCUACCACCACAAACUAACAGCCUUCAUGCCGCUGCUUGUCGCAAUGGUAAACUCAGCCAACUCACCCACCACGUCCAGCCCGGGAUACUCUCGAAUCAAGUUAUGGCAUGCACGCACUCGCAAGCUUCUGGGCGAGGCCAAAGCGGCCCUUCUUCCUGGUCCAGGAGCAGGCCCGCAUGCAAUGGAAACCAGCGCCAGCGUUGGCUGGCAGCAGCUGGGCGUGGAGACGUUCGAUCCAAUCACUUCAGCCGGCCAAAUGCAGCGAGCAAAAGUCCAAUACCAGCAUCUUGAGGCACUUGCCAAUCGCGCCUUGCUUGCACUACACCACGACUCGUUCUGUCAGUCCCUGGUACGACCGGAUGAGAGGAUUCCAAGUCGAGAAUCGUCAGAGAUGUCCUCUCUGCAUGAGCUGUCGAAGGCUGCUGUUGUCGAGAUCUCGGUGGCCUUGCUCAAUACCCACGGAGCAUGGGCUGCGCCGAUAACCGCGAUUGUCGAUCGCUGCCCGAGCAUCUGCACGAAUCUCACGACAUCAGCAACAGCAACGGCCACAGUGGCAAGUGUGGAUUCACCCAGCAGCAACAACAGCAACAGCAACAGCAACAGCAACAGCAACAGCAACAGCAACAGCAACAGCAACAGCAACAGCAAGAACAGUAUCGCCAACUGCAGCAGCUGCCCAUCCCACUUUCGGGACGGUCCUCGCCAGCCAUGUUCGGGUGUGGUGGCGACAUAA